CAUACGUAUCGCGCGACCGGUGUAUGCAAAUAGUGAUUGUUGUGCGUGGUCGGUUAAUACUAUUAAAAUGCCGAAAGUGGUGAAGAACCGUAAGAGGAAGUGCAGUGAGGAAGUGGUGGAUAGUGUAGACGAAAAGGAUGGUUUGCUACCAUCAGGCCUUCAGGUGGAAACAGGUUAUCUCUUGAACCUCAACGAUGUCCAAAGACAAGACGGAGGAAUCUACCAAUGUACAGCUUCAAAUGGAAUCGGCCAACCAGUGACUGGCGAAAUUCGGCUACAUGUUCUUUAUCCUCCUGAAGUCAGCGUUCUUAGAUCGUGGGUGAAUUCAGGCGAAGGAUUAGAAGCGAAACUAGAUUGCAUCGUGCACGCAGAUCCCCCGUCAGAGUGCUGGUUGACGGCUGCUGUUGUCAGGAUGGGUAAAAUGAAACAGAAUACCAUCGAUUGGUUCCUUGCUAAACAAAACAAACUGUCUGAUCCACCGGCCCAAGAAUUACCGGAAGAAACUGAUGAUAAACCUACAAUUCAACCUGAGCCUUCCACUUCAAAAUGUCUUGAUGUUGCACCGUAUGCUGAACCAAGUAUUGAACAAUUGGGAGCGAAACCUAAAGGAUCCAGUUUUGUUGAUGUUGCGCCAUAUGUAAAUCUCAGCGGCAACUUGUCUUCCCAUGAAAAAUAGAGUUAUACCUUAUUGAGGUAUGCAAUGAUCCCUAAUGACUCUUUCAAAUAUGCCUAUUCCACACACUUGAAAAGCAAUAAAGAAGUGAAAUGUUAUCAAAAAAAUACUUUGAGAAAUUUCCUUGGCUGUCAUAUUCAGAGGAAUUACAAGGGCUUUUCUGUAAAUAUUGCGUGCAAAAUUAGGAGUACAUAAGUCAGCUUAAUUGAGAAAACUUGUUACCGUACCACUAAAGAAAUUUUCGAAAUUAUAUGGCAAAACCGGUGAUUGUAAGACACAUGAGAACUCAAUAUAUCAUCCAGAAGCAGUUUCAGAUGCUACAAACUUUUUAAAGAUUUACGAAAAUCCAUAGAAUGAUAUAAGAAAUAUAAUAGGUUCAGAGCGAAUUAAGCAAGUAUCAGAAAAAUCGGCAAAGAUUGACUCCUAUAAUAGAAUCUAUCAUUUUUUUAGGACGCCAAAAUAUACCACUUAGAGGGCAUAGAGUUAGGGGACGACUUUUUUCUAAUGACAGCACGAAGGACGAGAUGAAGGGAAUUUUAGAGAACUAAUACGGUUUAGAGUCGAGAGCGGCGACAAUUUAUUGAAAAAAACUUAGAGAACUCAAAAACGCAUGCUACGUACAUAAGCAGCCGCAUCCAAAAUGAAAUUAUAGAAUGUUGUGGCGAAGAAAUCUUGGACAUAGUUUUAAGUCGCGUCAGGAAAAGUCAGUAUUACACAUAUUUGACGAAACUACAGGUAUUAGCCAUAAAUCACAAAUGUCAAUCAUAUUGCGGUAUUGCUAUCAAAAACGUAUUUACGAGGACUUCAUGGGAUUUGUGGAUUGCUACUCAAAUUUUGUUGAAGAUACAAUGGAUCCCAAACUCACAGGUCAAACAGGUCAAAUUCUUGCUCAAACAGUCAAGCAUUUCAUUAAAACUAAUAACUUAGACUCAAAACUAUGUGUGGGCAUUGGUACUGAUACGUAUAACCUAAUGUCAGGUGAACAUAAGGGCGCUGUAAUGGAAUUGCAAAAAUGUUUGCCAAAUGCUCUAAAAAGCCCAUGCGCAAAUCAUGCCUUGAAUCAUUCGAUUUCAAAAAGCAGCAUUGCCCAGUCAGUAAGAAAUACUGUAGGUAUAAUGAAGGAAGUAAUGCGUUCUUUAAAGCAUCCGGUAAAAGAAAUACAGUAUUGAAAAGAAAACUACACGGAUGUCAAAUUCAUAGUAUGUUUCUUUGAAGACAACCAUUACUUCCACCCAAUUUAUCGUGUUACUAAAGUGUUUGUGUGAUAUAUUAGCUUUAACAGUCAACCUGAGUAAGAUUUUACAAUAAAAGAUAAUUGACAAACAAUACGCUGUCAAACUCAUAGGAAAUAUUAUUUCAGUUGUACAAGAAAGACGCGCAAAUUCCGAAAAACACUUUAUAUAUUUAAUACUAUUCGCAUCUAUAAUGAAAUCACAUGUAACCCUGGGUAUUGAACUGACUGUGCCAAGAAUAACAAGCAGGCAAAUGAUGUUCCUUUGCUAGAUAAUAUAUUACAGGAUUUGGUAUACCGGUUCAAUGAAGAAUCUUUGAAUAUAUACAAUUUUAAUAUUUUCUUUGCGUCAUUAUUUAAUUCAAAAACUGAAGCUGAAGUAAUGGACAUAGUAGAAACAAUCUCUAAUAUUUGCAUGGACUAACUAGUAACGAAAACAAAAAUUUAAUAAGUACCAGAUUAAAAGCAGAAUUUGAUCUUUGGAAGUCACGUACACAAGAUAUCAUAGACAGUGGAAUGUCACUGUAUUUAUCAUGUGAUGAAAACAUGUUUCCUUCAAUUAAUAGAUGCCUACAAUUAUUAUUGAUUUCAUUGCCGGUAAGUGUUGCGACAUCUGAAAGAAGUUUCUCCCAUCUAAUGAGGCUAAAAACUUGGCUGCGCUCCAAUAUGUUACAAGAGUGAUUAGUGGGUUUAGCGCUUUUGUAUAUACGUAGAGAUAUUAAAAUAGACGUGAAUACAAUCAUAUAACGGUUCGUCAGCAAAACAAUAGGCGCCAUGAUUUUGUAAUAUGAUAACACCUGAACUUUGCCUAAGGUUGUCUCUCAAAUCCAUCUCCCUUCUAUUGGCCAAUAAAUAACAAAGCAGAUGUAGUUAAGGGUUUACUUCCGUUUAAAUCACCACGGUGAUCUUUUCCAAAGUAUCCAAUUACGAUAUGUGUUUUUACUUAUUGGCCAGCAGAUUGAUAUAAAAGUCUGUUUAAAUUCUGUGCAAAUCACUUUCUAAGCUAGUGUAAUGAUUGUUUUAUUUUGAGACUGUGAACUGAUGUAGUUUCAUAGUUUAUAUAUUUCUGUUUUUUGACUAGCUAAGAGAAUGUAGUCAUGCAAUUAAUAUUUUUUGUGUUUUUCUCAUGACUAAGAAUUUUAUUUU